GAAAGCGCGCGAGUGGAGGGCCGGGCCUCCUCCUCCUCCUUCCUCGCUGACUGAGGGAAAAGGGUCGUUCGGACGCCUCGCCGCCGCUUCUUCUGCCGCCAUUCCUCCGGCCUGAGGGCCGUGACCUCUGAAUAAAUUCCUUUGAGGGGCGAGAACUCGCCAGAAUCUCUUCGACUCCUCCUGACUCAAGGCUGAUGGCUCCAUAAGAGCCACCCCAACCAUCUGACUGAGCUCCCUGAAGCAGAGGUGUACCAGGAGGAGGAAGGAGGCAGAGGCAGUUUUCAUUGAAUCAAACAACAGCAAACAUCCUCCAUUCAAUUUACCAUGGAUAGAUUUGGAAUUAUAAAGAAGGAAGUCCUUUCUGAUGCUGAAGAUUCCUCUUGUACACCAACAACAUCGUUCAGGAAAGUGAAGCAAAAGCCAGGACAACAGGACAAAGAUACUUGGAAAAGAACCUAUGAAUGGCUCUCUUAUAAUGUGGCAACGGAAAAAGCAUAUUGUGACAUCUGUCGCUUAGCAGCAAAUGACAUGAACGUUCCUCUUCCAAACACAUCAAGAGACAAGGAUGCUCGUGAAAUUUUUGUUCAGAAUGGCUUCUCAGACUGGGAAAAGGCACCGUUUAAGUUUCACAGCCAUCAGAAUUCUAACUUGCACCGUGCAGCUGUCCAAGCUAUAGCCUCUGUUAAAGAAGGGUUAAAUGCACAUAGCAAGUUUUCAGAAAGCCAGCAGAAGCAAAUGCAAGAUGCUAGAAAGGCACUGCUGACAAUUUUAUCAUCAGUAAGAUACCUUGUCUGUGAGGGCAGUGAAAUAUGCAGCCAUGAUGAGGAAGAGUCAAACCUGAAACAGCUCUUGCUGCUACGUGCUGAAGAUAUUCCACAGCUGAAAUCAUGGUUGAAUCGUACAAACUAUAAAUGGAUUUCACCUACCAUUGUAAAUGAGAUGCUUGAGAUCAUGGCUCACAAUGUUCUACGUACACUAGCGAGAGAGAUUAGGAAAGCUGUUUAUUACAGUAUAAUUAUUGAUGAAAUUACAGAUAUCACCACACAAAAACAAGUUUCAUUUUGCUUCCGCAUUGCUACAGAGGAUAUGUUUGUGAAGGAAUUCUUUUUUGGAUUUUAUGAAACUGCUGAAACUCUCUCAUCUGUUUUGAAUGAUAUACUCUGUCACUUUGAUCUUUCUCUUGACAGAUGUCGUGGCCAGUGCUAUGAUGGAGCAUUGCAUGUUGCUAGACAUCUUAGUGAAGUACAGGCUCUUGUAAAGGCUGAGGAGCCAAGAGCACUAUAUGUUCAUUGUUUUGCAAAUGUUGUGAACUUAGUGGUACAAGAUAUGUCAGAAAAUGUUACUAUGUGUAGAAGUUUUCUGAGUGAGUUAUCUGACAUGAUCACCUUUGUGAAAACUUCACCAAAAUGUCUUGCCUUCUCUAAACACUUUCAGCAGGCAGAGAACAUAAAUCUGAGACAAUUUUACUCCACUGGGUGGACUGUUAGAGCAGCUUCCUUAGAGGCAGUGGCUUCAAAUUAUGGGGAGUUAAUUCAGUUAUUUGAGAAUGUAUCUUCUGAGGAGGGAGGAGAUCCUGGGGCAAAAGCAGAUGGAUAUGCGCAAAGUUUGUGGAGUUUUUCUUCUUACUUCAUGCUGCAGUUAUUGCUACUUGUGUUUGGUUGUUUGGACACGUUAAACACAGCUCUUCAAAAAAGUAAUCUACAGUUCCAUCAAGCAGAACUUCUUUUUGCUUCUGCAAAGGAGAGUACAAAGCAAUUGCAGAAUAACUUUGAACAGUUCUGGUCACGGACAGUCACAACAGCAAAAGACUUAGAUUUAGAGAGUCCUACUGUUCCUGAGUGCAGAAAGCCUGCACGAUGUGUUGUUGCUGGGUGUGAUGAUCUUCACCAGUUUCAAUCUCCUAAGGAUUUCUACAGGAAAAUCUUUUAUGAAACCAUUGAUAAUAUCUUCAGCAGUUUAGACAGUCGCUUUCCCUCAGAUGUGUUCCAACACAUGAGCAAAAUUGAAAAGUUUGCCAUAGGAGAGGAUGACAGUUCAUACAUUCUAAACUUUUACAAAACUGACUUGGAUACUGCCCGACUACGGCUUCAUCGGGAUAUGCUUUUGGAUAUUGCAAGGGAGCGGAAAGUUAAACUUUUAGCUCUUUGUGAUGUGAUUGAUCUAUUCAGUGGAGAACAAGGGAAAAGUCUCCAUCACCUACUACCAGAAUUAGCUAAACUUAUCAGAAUAGGCCUUACCAUACCUGUUUCUUCCUGCACCUCAGAAAGUUCACUGUCAUGCCUUCUUAGAGUAAAGACCUUUCUGCAGUCAAGCAUGAGUCAGGCAGGGCUCAAUCUCAUGGCUAUUCUUUAUGGACAUAAAGAGAUCUCUCAGGAAAUUGAUCUUAACGUUGUAGCUAAUGAGUUCAUUCAGAGAACAUCAAUUAGAACAAGCACGUUCAGUGUCAUUUAA